AUGCAAGCACUUUUGAUGUGAGUACAUGCAGACUUUAUGAGAUUUUAUGUUAUAAAAGAAUUUUACGGGGGACGACCAUACUUUUAAAACUCAAGACAAGCUAUAAUGCCCUACUUACCCCCAGAAGGCCUCCAACCCCGUCACUCCAACCACGUUGUGAAGAUACUCUUUAUCUGAGUUGUAUUUCUAAAGCAUCUCCCACGUUGCAGGUGGCAUUAGAGCAGGAGAAUAACAUGGGGGCAGAAGGAGUGCGACCUCAUAUCAUCAUCAUGCUGACUGAUGGACAGGCUACAGUGGGCAUCACACGUUCAGAUAAUAUAUUGAAGAAUGUGAGGGAGAGGAACAAGGAAGGAGCAUCCAUAUUUUGCCUUGGUUUUGGAAGGGGGGCUGACAUGAAUUUGCUAGAAAGAAUAGCACAUCAAAACCAGGGUAUUGCUCGCAAAAUCUACGAGGAUAUGGAUGCCGCAGAGCAGCUACAAGGAUUCUACCAGGAGCUGUCUACUCCGCUUCUCUUAGAUGUGCAGUUUAGCUAUUCCAAUGAGGCUGUGCAGAUGAAUAGUCUGAGUAGCACCCACUUCUACAACUACUUCCAAGGCACAGAACUGGUGGUGACAGGACAAACAGAAUUAGAUAAUUUCAGUGGAAUAAAAGCCAACAUCACUGGACAAGGAAGGAACGGACACUUCUUCAUGGGUGUAACAGGCUGGAAUACAGUCAACCCACCUGACAAGCAUCUUCUUUCACACUUACACCUUGCCCCUACACCAAAGAACUUCAUUGAAAGGUUAUGGGCUUUCCUCAAAGUAAAGGAUCUGCUUAAUGAAGUAAAAGCAGCCAGAGGAAAUCAUGAGAGAACUUCAGCACAGAAAAAGGCUUUGAAAAUAGCUCUUGAGCACCAUUUUGUCACGCCACUGACAUCGUUGGUGGUAGUACAGCCAGAUCAAGAGAACUGUAAGGAUUACGAGGAUGAUGACGAGGAAGAGGAAAAAGAAGAAGAGGCCACUAUUGAUCAAACAGCAAUAACAAAAACGGUUGAUAACUCGUCCUUCUCUGAUUCCUUGGAUACACAGGACUCAGUUGUCAGAAGUUUUGAUGCUGCCUCUAUUCAGGUUGUCAGUAACGAUGAAGAGUGGCAAUCCUUUGAGUACGAACAACCUAGCAGGGAACACUCACAUUUUGCGGUUGGUGCUUGGGGGGGAUCAAGUGUAAAUCUUCCAUCAGUCCCACUGUUGAUGAUAACCAUGAUUUUACUUGCCAGCAUUUUCUCAAGUCAGACAUCAGGGCUAAGGGUACAUUUGCCAGACAAAUGACAGUACUUGAUAAAAAGUACAUCAUGAUUACCACCAAGAAGACAAAUCUGUGGCCUGUCAAACUUGAGGACCGUAUGAAUGUUAGUUGAUAGUGACAUAAUCGCACUGUGCGAUCAGACAAGAGAUGUUCCAGUUCAUCAGUAGUGGGUUACCAGCUGAAUCCAUUUUUGGCUAAAAGCCAAUAGGAAGAUUUUGUUUUAACAAUAAUGUAACUGGAGAAAUUGCUACUAGCAUGGCUGAAGUAGUUAGAAAAUAGAUUGAUUCUUCAUACUGUGUGAUAUGUUCUCACAGAAAAAUAAGGCUAUGCUGUGUCUGAAAGUCUGUAGCGACAAUAUUGAUGCCAUACCUUCUAUAACCUAAAAUGCUGUAUUUGUGUGAAGUAUUGAGGUUUACAAGAAAUAUUUGAAGCCUUAUUAAUGGAUAAUCUUUGGAAGAUGUUUUUAUGUGAAAUCUAAUAAAAAGGAUUAUAUUUACACCUUUGAUUAAUUAUAUAAUGUUCUAUGUCAUCACAAAAGAGUGCUGUCAAAAUGAUAGGUAAGCUGGUAUUUUCCAUGGGUGAAAAACACAGAGUGAAAACUCAUUUUGUGAUAUGUUAUUCAUGUCUGGAAUAAUGUUUCAUUUCUUAUAUCCUGAAUACUAGAAUUAAGAAUGAUUUGGCUAUUGACUGAAACAGAAAGCAUUUGUGAACAGUUGCGUUUUAUAUUUAUAUAUGAUUAUUGUAAGUGUUAUUAAUUUCUAUACAUAAAACAUUACCCUUGCAUUCAGAGUGGAUGUCUUUGUACAUGCCACAAAGUGUCUCAGACAAAAGUGAGGAAAUUCAUCCUGAAGCAAAGAACAAUUCACGCUGCUUAUACUUCUUUUUACACAUAUAAACAUCUCAGUGCAAGGGAAAGCGUUAUUUAUCGCAAGCUGAUGUUCGUCAAUAGGAACAGGAACUUCAUACUUCCAAUGAAACCCCAAGAAGAGUUUUCUUUUCAAUACAGGAAUGAAAACAGAGGCUUCCAUAUUUGUUCAAUAGUGACAAUGUUAGCAGCUGUUAGACUUAAACAGUUUUUAUAAAGUCAGUAUUCCUGUUGGUUAAUGAAGGAAAAUGACCUUAUUUAAACAAUGAUAUACAUAGCCAUUUGUGUUACAUGCAUUAUAUGAAUGUGAUUGAACUAGAAAAUGCCAAUACAAAUGAUAAGAUCAAAAGAAUUUAUAUGAGAACAAUAGAUAGUGUGAACAGGACAUUAAAAGCAUGUCUAUGUAACAUACAUACUUAGAUACAGAUUUACAGGAGUACACACAUAGAUACACGCUCGCACACACGCACACACGCACACACUCACACACGCACACACGCACACACUCACACACUCACACACUCACACACUCACACACUCACACACUCACACACUCACACACUCACACACUCACACACUCACACACACACACACACACACACACACACACACACACACACACACACACACACACACACACACACACACACACAUAUACAUACAUACAUACAUACAUAUAUACACACAUACACAUACAUACACAUAGAUGUGUGUGUGUGUGUGUGUGUGUGUGUGUGUGUGUGUGUGUGUGUGUGUGUGUGUGUGUGUGUGUGUGUGUGUGUGUGUGUGUGUGUGUGUGUGUGUGU